AUGUCUAACGUGUCGGAAAACGCCACAGGCGUUUCUACGCUCGCUGGAUUCGAAGAACACCUAACUUCGUCAACUCCCGCGGUUCAAGUGGAUUUACGCGUUGCAAGAUACUGUGUUUUUGGACCAAUAUUUCUGUUUAGCGUGACUGGUAACACUUUGGUUAUAUUGACUGUGUUGAUCUUACGGAAAAUGAGAACCGUGCCUAUGAUCUUCGUCGCCAACUUGGCAGCCUGCGAUCUCACUACGACCAUAUCAAGCAUAGCAUUUGAUCUGCCGGAGGUAGAGCUUGGUUUUUGGCCUUAUGGUGGGGUUCUGUGCAAGAUUAUCUGGCCGCUAGCUACGUUCUCCACUAACGCAGCUGCUUUAACUCUUGUGGCAAUAUCGAUCGAUCGCUUCGUCUCUAUCAUCUGUCCUCUUAAUCUGAGGUACCGCAUAACGAGAGGCAAGUGUCUGAAAAUGAUCCUGGCAAUUUACUGCAUUUCAGCAUUAGCCGUAACACCUUACUCGGUGAUUUUGAAGUACAGUGCUUCGCAUUUACCCGCCUGCAAAGAAAACUGGCCCGAGGGAUACUAUUUGGCUAAAAUUUACACGGUAUUUUUAUUUGCGCUGCAGUACGGACUUCCACUCAUCGUCAUGUCUGUGAUUUACACGCGCAUUGGUCUAAAACUCUGCAAAAACUCUAGCAAAGCUGCGGCGCUAAGCACCGGUCGUGGCGGAAAAUCACGAACUUCAUCUACCUCUGGUAAACUGUAUCACAGUGCUUCAGACGCCGCCGAGUAUGCACUUCAGAAACGCAAGCGCCAGAAUGAAAAAACUGCAAAAAUGUUUCUGUUUGUGGUUGUGAUUUUUUUGGUGUUUAUGAUGCCACAUCAGUUGCUCUGGCUGAGCCACGAUUUCUUGUCGCACAGCCAAACGUUUAUAGCCUAUGAAGAACUGAUAUCUUUUGUAUGCAGAGCUUUCACUUAUGCAAAUUCUGUACUAAACCCCAUUAUUUAUGGUGUGUGUAACGGCAACUUUCGAAGAGGUUGUCUGGCGAUUGUUAAGUGCCAGUGCAGUAAGGCCAGUCAGAGAAGUCAGGCAAGAAAACAGAGGACAGAAUCCUUCGGCGUUAAGCCAAAGCAAAAGCGAUUGAGGUCAGAUUCGACAUUUAGAAGCACGACCACAAUGGACUCUGUGACUAGUGCAUUGCUAAAAGAAACCAAAGACAACAGAGACCAGCAUUUACGGAAGGAAGUUUUAAAUAAAAAGGUUACUGCAAAUGGAUUUAAAAACUCUGCGCCGAGUUUAAGUAACGGAAGUGCCCCCAGAACAGUGAUAAGGGACGAGCAAACAUUCAAUGAAUCGGCAGUAAGUGACAUAAAUGCGAAUUGUUUUCCUGUGGACAGGCCAAUGCAGCACAACUCUGCAAAACCGAAUUCUCGAAAAUCUCUUUACGAAAAUACCUCUAGAAACGGUGUAUUUAACCUGCCAAUUGAAACAAAAUAUGACACGUCUUACUGGCUUAGCGAAACAGAAGCUCUUCUAAACAGGCUCUGUCAAGAACUAGACGUCGACACGACAGGAGAGAAAGGGGCGCGUUUUUCGCCGCAACGAGAUACUUCGCAGGGUCGAGAAAAGUACGCUUACGGGUGUAAUGGAAGAGAGACUAUACUCUAACCUAACGAAAGAUAAGUCGAUCUAUGAUUUUUAUAUUUGCAAAAUGAGCGUUUUUGGUCCACUAAAAUAAGCAUGGUGUAGGAGGGUACCGCGUGUUGGGGAGUACGGCGAUUAUCACUUUUGAGAACAUGUCGACGCUAUGAUUAACCCUUAACCCAUGCUUGAAAAAAAAAACCCUGCAACCCUAAAGUUCGUCUUUUAUUUGUUUUAGGCCAGUAUCACUCUAAGUAUUAAAUACAGGAAACAAGGAACGUUUACUUGUGUAAAGACGAAAUGAACCGCAAGAAAUAAAGACACGUCCUAAGUUUUGUCUGACGAAAGGCCACAGGCGGUCGUUUCCACGCACACAUAAAUCAACUUCGGUAACAGGAAAGCGUAGAGUACAAUAGCUUUUAUUAAAAUAAAUCUCGCGGGGAGGAUUUCGUCCGUGUACUGAAAAUAUAAACAAGUAUCGCUUAUACCUCAUUAGAAACGUACAGAACAUGGUAAAAGAAAAGUGUUCGGAGGCUUUGACAUUAAGUCCUCCAACUAAAAAUGAUCCUGUUGUACAGCAAAAAAAAGCACCUAAGUAUUAGUAUUUCUGCUCAGCAUUACUGCUCAGUUGCCUCAUUUAAUAUAGUAGCUAGAAGUACGAUAGAACAGCCUCGUACAGAGUACCGUAUUGGCAAGGUAGUGUUUAUAACAGGGAUCUUUUAUGUCGCGCGGGAUGUGUUUUAAUUGAUAGGUUUUUUAUUGGCUGUAUAUACGAAUUGUGGCGCAUACAUAAUUAACUUAUUUUGUUUCCUCAUGAAAAACAUGUCUUUUGAGUCGACAGAUUUUUAAUUUGAACGAACUGUUUUGUGCUCUCGUUUUGCUUUCUUCAAUUUUUCGCCCACUACUCAAUAGCACGGUCUCAACAGUGAAAGUCUUACACGAGCCGCGAUCCAGCAAAAAAAAAAAAAAAACAUUUUUAUAUGUGUUGAAGAUAUUUAAUACCAAAUUACGGGUCUUGCUUUCAAGACAUACUUAGUCAAUUCAUUUAAUUAAGCAGGGAACCCUGCCAACUUAUUUAAUAUCUACCUCGAUAAGAGUCUUAAAAUUGAUUAAAAGUCAUGAUUUCAAUUUCAAAUAUAUUUGACUAAUUAAAGUUCUUUGAAAGAGGCUUUCUGUUACCACUGUCAAGAAACUAAUGGAAGAACUUCUACAUGUGUUGAUAGGAUUGUGUAGUUCAUCUCCGUCAGUUUAAUUUGGACCCUUUAAAGAAGCCUUCCGAAAUUUAAUUAAAAUAGAAUCAAAUGUUAAGUAAAUUUCACCAGCCCAGUGUACAAUUUUCUUUAGACACAGAGUUUUCGUUCAUAAAAUAAACAUUGUAAUAUAAUAGACAUAAACAAGAUUGUUCUUGGGAAAGAAAAAUCAAUAAAUAGAGUAAAUAAAGCCAAGAAAUAAUUACGAAUUGAACAAAGAGCUCUUUCACAAUUUAUACAUUAUAGCUGGCGUCAAUUCUCUCUUGCUGGCGUUGAGGUCAAGGACCUGUGUCUGAUAUUUCAUUCUUUACAAUAUGAAAAGAAGUGCAUUACAAGCAAAAUAAACUUGAAAAGAGUCAAAUUUUGGCGUCUCCCUGGGGCCACAGUAAAGAGCUAUUGUUUAUUUUUUUUACGAGGACAGUAUUGAAAACCAAGAAGUGUUAUUUCACGGCGUUUGAAAUGUUGCGGUGCGUCUUGUAGAUUGAAAACGUUCUGAUAAAUGUGAUAAAGACGUCAGCGAAAACAUAUGUUUGGAGUAUGUUUAACUUAUCACUGGCGACAUUUAUAUAAAAACUGCACCGAGGAAAUCAACAAAAUCCGGUUGAAAAUUGCCGGGUUAUUCGCUUAAAAUAUCUGCUCAGACGUAAGAACUAACUGAAAAAAGUCGACUCUUUUUUGCCAUAGUUUGGAAAGCCGGCCUGCUUGUAGUCUGUAAUGUCCCACGUCUUCACCCCCCUAACUCGUUAAGGGAUGUAGACGUAUGACAUUUCAAACUAGCCUGCUCCCUUUUCCGUGCGAGCGUACCAGUGGACCGCGCGCGGUUUCAUUCGAUUAUAAUAUCUGAUUUUUUUUUACAUCAUGAUACAGGCCUCACUAGCAAACAGUGCUUAAACAUGCCUUCGAGCUCAGGUCAAAUGUUAGAAACAUAUGCAAUUUAUUUCGUGGUUUGGUACCUCUUUUUUCUGCUAUUAAUUGCCUUGUGGUUUCAGUGCUAAGUAUUGGGGCCCCACCCUUUAAGAUAAGCUGCUAUUCAUUUCCUGUUUGUUUCUAGAAUUUAAAUAACGUCAUUCAGCGCAGAAAAGAAAGACACAGCCAAUAUAAAGAAUGCGAUACUGAUAAGAUAACAUUUGAAGUCAUUUACACCUGGCUCACUGAAUAAAAUGACGAAAAUGACGUGACAACCCUCCCUUUUAUCAGCCGCGCCGAAAGCCAGACUCCUAGGUAUCAAAAAGUAAUGAAAGUUAUCUUCAUGUUUAAAGGUGCGGGCGAUAUUUCUUUUUUUUUCCUUUUUUUUUCUUUUUGUAUUGUAAUUAUCCCCCUUUUCGCCCACAUUGCUCUUUGUCUUACUCUUGUCUUGCACUCAGCCGUCUUGUUCAUCAUCGGCUGUCCGAUGGAGGCCGAGAAAACAGGAGAAAAGUGCACCCCGGUGUCGUGUUUCGCCGAACCGCCACCGUAAUUGAGGUUACGUGCUGCUAACAUCGUUCGCAAGUCUCGAAAAGCAGAAGGUGGUUCAUCAACCGAGUUUCUCUCUUAGACAAUUUCUUUUUCGGUGAGUGGCAUGUCCAUUAAUAUGGCAAUAGCCAUAGAGUUGGUUUGAGCGGUAGAAGUAUUUAUUCAGAACUUUUACGGAUACAUAGCCAAGUUCCCCGAAGUGUUUGGAGCUCAACUAAGUCUUCGAGUGCUAUAUAUUUGAUUUAGAAAAGGCUUUUAAAGUGGACCCUUCAGUAUCAGGUUCAGCAUACGACAGCUGGCCUCUUUCACUUUCUGUGCCACCGAAAAUAUUCUUCAAUUUGAUGAAAAAUGAUGACAUUGGAUGCCCGACUCAAGCUUCUCCUUUAAUAAACGAGAUUUUUUAGUAUUUUUGUUCCCUCAUCGCAGCGCAGUGUGUAAAUUGACAGGGUUGCCGAAUACACCCUUUGUCGGAAAUGUUAUCUUCAGCUAAGCUUUCUUUGGCACCAGUUUAUAAAACUGAAGAAAAUUGUUUUUCCACUGAAUUAUCUAAGUAAAUAAAAACGUUUACUCUCUUAUAGCCUUUACUAUGAAGAAAAAACAUGAGCAACAUAAACAGGCGAUACAACCCCAAGAAUAGUUGAUCAACAAAUAAAAUAGACUAUUUUUUCGUGUAAAGUGAUCUCUAGCUAAUGAGACAACCUUCAUUAAACGAAAUGGGGAUUACAUCGAUCCAGGGAACCAAACAAGGAUGACUCAAAUCAUGAUAUCGCUUAUAUCCGACCACAUCACACCUUAAAUGGUUUCUUCAGCAAUUUUCCGCAGUCUUUUGAGUCUUUUAUCACUUUGGGUCAUUGUUGACAUGGUUGAGGGAGGAGUUGGUACUGAAUUGGACCGGACUGAAAUCUCAGUCUUCAACGUUUCAUCUCCGACUACCCUCAUUUCCCAGAUGGAACAGUAUCUAAGACUGGAAUUCCCAACCAAAACGUGAAAAAACAUGAAACAUCAAUUGUGGAUUCUUGGCUACGCCUGGUGAGAACAUGUGGUUUGAAAUGCUGCUCUGUAAAAGUCCCUGAAUAAAACUUAGAUCAAGUUUUUGGACUCUCCGCUCUUGUAGACUGCGAGCAGUCUCUUAUUUUUCUUUGCAAAGUUACUACACACGAAUCCUAAGCACGCGAGCGGCAAAGCCGGGAGCCGCGAGAAACGAGGGCGUCGUCUGGUCUCAAUCCCUUUUUGUAAUAAUAACGUCGUGGUUUGCAAUAGCGCUGGAUGAGAUAAGAACUAGACGGAUUUUAAGAGAAAAGGCGGACUGCCAGCAAUCUACCGCUCUUGUCUAGUAUCAUGACACAAACGCUAGAGAAAUUAUCCCGACUAGAUAUCGAAAUCCAGUAUCAAUUAAUGUACUAAAAUCGUCAAACAUUUGUCUUUCAUUGUAACGUACGUACAUAAUCAGCUAGUUGGACAUUUAGGAUGUUCACAACUGCUGCACAUAUGCAGGAGUUAUUCACGUGCUAGUGUAGCUCAGUUAUGGGAUCGUCAUAGAUGGUGGGAAGGAGGUGGCAAGUUGUGGCAAACAAUGCAAGGUGAGCCAGUAAGUGAAUAAACGAUCAUCCUGUCAGUUUUCCCAUCGACUGUAACAAUUGUCUUCCCAUCACAACUUGACCCUGAAUUUUUACUUUCUUAAACUUCCGCUUUCAAAACGCCUUUUCUGUGUCGCAUUCCAACUGUACCACAUGUUAAUUGGGAUCAGUUCGUUCCGAUAAGCAAAGAGGAUAUGAUGUCCCGUCACCAGAUGGAAAAGGUAUCCUGUAGUCCCCCAUUUUGAUUUCGUUCCAAACCAGUUUGGAGGUACAUUCCUUUGUUAUUUCGAGGACAUUCCAACAAUGCCCUGAGUGCCAGGGGCUUUUUCUCUGAGGAAAUUUCGAGAGCUGACCUCUGGAGCCAGAUCAGAGUAUUCUAAAACAAGGUUUUGUUGUUAAUUCAACUGCCUUUAGCAAUACCAGAUGUAACAUUCACCAUUCACUGACCGUAAUUUUUGAUGUCAUUCUUCAGUACAUUUAUUGGAUUUAUGAAUUCCAACAUUAAUUGGUUUUCUUUUGACACUGUUUGGUCGUCUUUCCCCCACCCACUGGGGUGUUGUUCUUACAAUAUUUGAACGCCAUAUAAAAAAUAACUCUUGGAGGUGAUUUAACGCCAUUUCGAUCGGACGCCAUGUCAACACCCCGUACUGGACUACCACCACAAUGAACCCAGAAAUUCAACCCAGUUUCCAAAUCAGUCAUUUUGUAAAAUACUAAAAAACAUUCGUAACAAGUGAAAUUGCUGCCAAUGACGUCUCAUUCGGUUUGAGUGGUCACUUAACAGGAUUUCGUACACAGACUCACAAAGUAAAGCUACCUUAAAUACGCUAUCCUUAACUUUGAUAGUGAAAUGGUUAAUAAAAUUGGACCACACUAGAACGUGAUGCCAUUUGUCAUUCUUAACGCCAUCUCAACGCGCGUGGCCACUUGGAAAUCGGCUUUGACCGCGCUGUAUAGCCACAGACCGCAACCGACCUUUUUCAAUCCCCACUUCUCCGGAAUUGGGACGCUUUCCCACGGUUUCCAAUAAAUGAACGUGACGAACUUACCUUUCUACUAGCAAUAAGGACACUCGGUGCGAUCGCAUCGCUCUUACAACGCGUUUCAAAUUAUCAUCGCACAUCCAAUACCAACCAGCCAGCCAUCUCUCCUCUUGCUCGCGAAACGUCCCAAGCGGCGCGGAAAAAAAGGAGCAGAGUCACGGCUGUUUUUGCAGGCUCAUACCAUCAACGCCAUUUGGUGAAUUUACGUUCAGCCUUUCUACAGUCAAACUAAGGACACGUGAACAAACUAGAAUCUAUUCAAGAAAAAAAAAAUCUCUCGCUACUUUUUAGUGCUUACACAUGUCAGUGAUGUGGAAAACGUUCAGCAGUUGAUUUAGGAUAAUUAGAUUGUGAACAAGCCACAAAUAGCCACAUCAAGAUGGCAUAAUUAACUAUAUAUUUUCAAGAAUGUGACAAGUAUGAGAAUCGCUAAUUUAGGAAGGUUCUUAACUUAAGCCGUGCCCAAAAUAAUCGCGCACAGUACAAAUUUCUUAGUUCAGUUUCGAUCAAUUUUUACUUUGACUACAGGGCGUCACCGGCUUACUGUCUGUCAAGGUAGAGUUAAGUUGGGCCCACCAACUUAGAAUUUUGAACGUAUCCCUAAAGGAAAAUUGUAGUAGCAAAUCAAUUGGAAAUGGUACCACAGCGAAGUGUGUUUUCCUUUGUUGACUUGAGUAUACAGUGGAUCAAUCGACAUGGUCAAUGAGGACCCUCUGUGAAACAAUUUGUCCAAUUAUACAGCGUCAAUUGUUUCAUCGCUAAGAGUCAAUCAGAUCGCACUGAAACAAUUAAUUACUCGGUUCGUGACUUCCUUUGUUCAAUAUGUCAUCUCCAUAAACACAAUGAAUGGUAACCGUUGUUUAAAAAAAAUCUGUUUUACGAAAGAAAUUAACUAAGUAUUUUACAAAGUAUUUGGAAUAUUAAAGCUAUCUGUCUUUUGAAACAAAAAGUAAUACAAAUCUCGAAACGUUUGCUGAGUAGCUUUAGAACUUGCUUUUUACUCCAGAAAAAUAAAGUUGCGGUUGUUUUGUUUUGAUUUGUCCAACACAAUUAUAAGAAAAACAAUACUUAAGCAAACAACACGUUGCUUGUAAGUUCAGAGGAAACUAAUAUAGCACGCUAACUUUCUUGUUUCAGUCUAUGGAAGUAAAACAUAUGGUUGUUACUUGCUCAAUGGCGUGGGGGCGCUCAUCAAACCUUAGGCAAUAUGCAGGAAUCAACCUGAAUAGACAAAAAAUUAACGAAAGGCUCACUCACAGCGGGGCUUCUACUCCCCGAUUCAGCCCUAGGGGAAGUUUAUGCUCGGCAAGUUACGAACAAUACAAGCAAUCAACUAAAUAAAUGAAUGUAGGCUAAAGAGGAACGAGAUAUUUUGUUUACAUUUCUAAUCCAAAGGCAAUCGAUCUUUUAUGGCGUUCCUUUUUCAUGUGAGAGGUAUCACGAUAAUUAUAAUUAAAGAGCAUUAAGUUAAUUACAUCUACUUAAUUAAAUCGAGAUUGAUUUAACCUAAUUUAAUCGCAUAGCGUGAGAGAGCAAGUUCAAAUAUACGAAAACUUAGGAGCGGUGAACGCAUCUUGACAAAACGUGUGUCGCACAAAACAAUUAAAGAAAUAUCUCGAAAAAUUCGCUUUAUGUUGUUGACUGACCUUUGAUAAUUUUAGCGCCUUUAAAAUAAAUACUGAUACCGUUAUCAAGCUUCAUCAAAGCGGAACAACCUUAUUCAAACCAGUGAUCUUGAAACACGCAAGGUUUGGAAGAAGUAAAAAAUAUGAAGUUACUUAUUAUAAAAUACCGCUUUUCAGUGUCAUAGAAGACCUUGCUUUGGGCGGUGAAGCUUAAAGCACACAACUUCGAUCUAGGAGAUAGUUGGAUUCUGCUACAUAUGGGUCCAAGGGCAUGGUGCAGUGGACCUGUUCAGUUUAGAACAUGCGAUCAUCUCACUACUCCAAGUUUACAUUAAAGUGUUCUUUUUAUUGAGAAAGUAUCUCAAUUUAAAGGUGCUGUCUAAUAAUUUUAAUUUACGUUUCUGGAUUCACCCACAAGAAGAACUCGAGUAGAACGUCUCGAUUAAAGUUUGACUCUAGAUAUCAAGGGGUUACAGAAAGCUUCCAUCAAUGUCUAUCACAAGUUACACGGGUUUAAAGUUACCAUGUUAUGUAAACAGCUACAUUUUAAACUACAUUAUUACGGAUUAACGUAUUAACGUAAUGAUUUUCGGACUUCCUGUUUAUCAUUUUUGAGGUUACGACAAGACGUGAAGAAAUGUGACCGGCUUACGGGCUGUACAUAUUAAAAUCACUGAUACUCUUCUCACGGAAAUAGUUUCUACUGGGGCGUCGGGGAGUAGCACGUUGAAUCUUGCAGCAAAAAAGAAUCCUGAAUCGGUUCGUGGUCAACAUCAGUACUGGUUUCUUUUGCUGGGUGAAAAAGAGAACGGAAAAGUAUUAUUUAGAUCGCGGUUAAUGCAAAAAUAAGAUUGAUGAUUGUUAACUAGAGUUGUGGGGGUUUGGAAAAGUCCAGCAUAAGCUGUAUUACCAGGUGUUGAGUCAUCGUCAAACUAUCAUUUAAGACGUCUCUUGGUUUCUUGAAGCAUACGCUGAUAAUGAACUCAACUGCUCAAGUAAAUGAAUCAAGCACAAGUUGGUUCGUGGAACCUCUGUCUUUUAAAGUAACGAAGAUUGUACUCUACGCCAUGAUCCUCAUCGUCGGGACGGUAGGAAACACGAUGAUCAUACUGAUCAUUUGUAAAUUUAAGCAAAUGAAAAAGGCGCCUGGAAAUCUUUUCAUCCUAAAUCUCGCCGUAUGUGACCUGCUUACUCCGCUUGUGAGCAUUCCUCUUGACCUUGCUUUGGUGGAAAGCAACGGCAAGUGGUAUCUUGGCCCUGUACUAUGCAAGUUGCUUCCUCCAAUAGCCACCUUUAUCGCCACCGUUUCGCCUCUUACAUUAGCCGUGAUCUCUCUGGACCGAUAUCGAACCCUACUGCAUCCUUUUAAAAAACGUCUGGACAGGAAGACCGUAAAGACCUUCAUAGUCCUGGUGCAUUUAUUUUCAGGUGUAUUAGUCCUUCCUUAUAUCAUAACUUUGGAGCUGUCUGCCGAUGGACAUUGCUCAGAAGUUUGGCCCAAUCCGGGUCAAUUACAUUCGAAGAUAUACACAGUUGUCCUCUUCCUGGGUCAGUACGCGCUCCCGCUUGUUUUCAUGGCUGCCAUGUACAUUUCGGCUGCAAAAAGCCUCUUUGAAUCCACUCAACGCGCGCGUUCGAUGUCGCUUAGCUCUUGGAAAAACUCAUCUACGGCAGAGGGGAGAUCAAGAAAUGGAUCUGGAAAUGAUUCAUUAUCAAUGGAAGCCGGGUUGAUUCGUCCUUGUGAAGCUCGGUCGUACGACUCGUUAGAAAGACACUUCUACAAAGAAAGCCUACACAACGUUCAGGUCACCAAGAUGUUUAUAGUGAUUGUGCUCGUUUUUGCUGUGAUGACUUUACCACUGGAAGUUUUAUGGAUGUGGUCGGAGUUUGGUGAUGGCAAAACAAGUCGCGUCUACCCGGCUAUUUCAGUUAUGUGUCGUUUAUUCACGUAUGCGAAUAGUUGCCUUAACCCGAUUAUCUUCUACAAGUUAAGCCGCGAUUUUAACAGAGGGUUUUCAAACGUCUUCAGAAAGUGCACCCCAUGUCGUGCAGAUAAGAGCGCAGUUAAAGAAACACAGCUGGGUGCCAUAAGUGCAUAUGGAACGUGGGAUCGCAACAUAAUGAGGACCCGCACUCCAUCUUGGUUGACCCCUCGUGGAUCUUUCCAAAGCGGACAUUCCGUGAGUUUCGCAGAUCAAGAAAAGGCAAGCCCUGAAAUAAAAAUGGAAAAUCACUUAAACGUACCGGGAGCCGAAUUCGAAAAUCACAAGAAAUCAUUCUCUGUUGAAAUGUUUAACAGAAUUUCAAUUAAUAAAUUGCCAGAGGGUAAAUAUCCAAAAGGUGACAUCGCUAACUCUUUGCGUGGCUCUGUCCUGAGGGUCGCAUCCACGAGUAACGAAAACGUGCUAAAUAGAAACUGCAGUAUAUCAAUCAACGUUUUGCUUUGCGAAGGGAACAUCGCAAUAGAGUUAGGAAACUUGGAGUCCUUAAUAGUUCUUCCACAAACAGACUGUUAG